UAAAAGCAGCCCCACCAGUCACAAGGGGGGAGAAAAACCCACUUGGUCAAAUGAAGUGAUCCAUUGAACCGAAUGUGUGUUCUUUCUCUCUCUCCAUCUCUCUCUCUCUCUGUCUCAGCCAAUUACCUAGUGUCCUGUCUUGCAUCUCUCCUUUUUUUCCUCAUUCAUUCGCCCUCCUUCCUUUCCUGAAGGCCUUGGUGAGCCCUGAUAGGCUUGCAGAGAAUAAAACCUUGGGCUUGGGAGAGGAGAGGGACAUUUGGGAGCGAGAUGGCGAGAAGGUCAGUGGCCUCGUUCCUACAUGGAUUCCUGCUCCUCGGUCUGUGGAAGCCGUCAUUGCAAGGAGGUGUCUACAUACCUGCAGGUGCAGGGGGAGGAGCUGGAUUAGGAGCUGGGACAGGACCAGGAGCUGGAUUUGGUCCAGGUGGUAGAGCAGGAACCGGAUUUGGUCCAGGUGGUGGAGCAGGAACCGGAUUUGGCCCAGGUGGUGGAGCAGGAGUAGGCACUGGGCCAGGAGGUGGGGCCGGUGCUGGCCCUGGAGGCUUUGGUCCAGCAGCUGGUGGAGCUGGACGAGGAGGAGGCCCAGGAGGCGUUGGACCAGGAGGCGUUGGACCAGGAGGAGUUGGACCAGGAGGAGUUGGACCAGGAGGCUAUGGAACUGGUCUAGGGCCUGGUGGAGCAGGAGCUGGUGGUAAACCUCAAAAAACAGGCGGUGGCUAUGGUGUUGGAGUCGGAGGUCCUGGAGGACUCGGGGUCGGAUUUGGAGCUGGUCUAGGAGGAGGAGGUGGCUAUGGAGGUUAUGGCGGAUAUGGUGGACCUGGUGGGGGUCAGUACCCUGGAGCCCAGAAACCCCCCAAAACAGGAGCAGGAACAGCACUGGGAGGCACCGGAUAUGGGCCUGGAGGUGGAGGAGGAUACGGGCCUGGAGGUGGAGGAGGAUAUGGGCCUGGAGGUGGAGGAGGAUAUGGGCCUGGAGGCACUGGAACAGGUCCUGGUGGUGCUGGUGGAGUUGGGCCUGGAGGUGCUGGUGGAGUUGGACCUGGUGGUGCUGGUGGAGUUGGGCCUGGUGGUGCUGGUGGAGUUGGUGGAGUUGGACCUGGUGGAGUUGGGCCUGGUGGUGCUGGUGGAGUUGGGCCUGGUGGUGCUGGUGGAGUUGGGCCUGGAGGUGCUGGUGGAGUUGGACCUGGUGGAGUUGGGCCUGGUGGUGCUGGUGGAGUGGGCCCAGGUGGAGCUGCUGUGCCAGCAGGAGCACCAGUGUUGCCUCAGACUGGAGUGCCAGGGGGAGGACCUGGAGGGAAAAGCAGUGGAAAAGCCUCCAAAGUCCCAGGUGUUGGAUUACCUGGACUUUAUCAAGGGGGAAUUAUGCCUGAUCAAGGUUUUGGAGGCCGUGGAGUCCUGCCUGGUGUUGCCACAGGAUCUGGACUUGGACCCCAAACUGGAUCUGGAGUUCUUGGCCAGGGAGGAGUUGGAAAUGGAGGUGGAGCUGGCCGAGGCAGUUUUGGUGGACAGCAGCUGCCAGGAGUGUUCCGUGGAUACCCCCUCAUAUCACCCAAGUCAGGAGCUGGGGGUAAAUCAAAGUCUCCAGCCAAAGCUGCUGCUAAAUACAGUGGGGGUGGGGCUGGAGCCGGAGGUGGGCCAGGUCAAGGGACUGGAGCCGGUGGCGUCCUUGGCGGUGUAGGUGGAGUUCCUGGGGGAGGUGGAGGCGGUCUUGGUUUUGGAACCGGUGCUGGAGCUGGGGCCGGCACUCAGGGAGGACCUGGGGGUGCUGGUGGAGUUCCGGGAGGAGGGCCUGGAGCAGGCUAUGGGGCUGGUGCCAAAGCACGUAAAUAUGGUCAAACUGGAGGUGCUGGUACCGGACUUGGCCAAGGAGUUGUACCUGCAUCUGGGAUUGGAACUGGAGGAGUACUAGGGGGUGGCUAUGGUCCUGGAGGAGCUGGUACUGGUCCUGGUGGUGCUGGCUAUGGGCCUGGAGGGGUGGGUACUGGGCCUGGUGGUGCUGGCUACUGGCCUGGAGGGGCUGGUACUGGGCCUGGGGGUGUUGGCUAUGGUCCUGGAGGGGUGGGUACUGGGACUGGAGGUGCUGGCUAUGGUCCUGGAGGGGUGGGUACUGGGCCUGGAGGUGUUGGCUAUGGUCCUGGAGGGGCUGGUCCAGGAGGGGCUGGUACUGGGCCUGGUGGUGCUGGUACUGGGCCUGGUGGUGCUGGCUACGGGCCUGGUGGUGCAGGAACUGGACAAGGUGCUGGCUAUGGUCCUGGUGGAGCAGGAACUGGACCAGGAGGUGCCGGCUAUGGUCCUGGUGGAGCAGGAACUGGACCAGGAGGGGCUGGUAGUGGAGGAUAUGAUCGAGAUGCAAAAGCUCGUAAAUAUGGCAUGCUUAGUGGUGCCCUUGGAGUCCCAGGUGGUGGACAGGGUGCUGGACGUGGAGGACUUCAAGGAGGAGGUGCUGGGGCUGGACUAGGCCAAGGAGGAGUCUCUGGCGGAACAGGCUAUGGUCCUGGUGGUGCAGGAACUGGACCAGGAGGUGCCGGCUUCGGGCCUGGUGGGGCCGGAAUUGGACCAGGAGGUGCCGGCUUCGGGCCUGGUGGGGCCGGAAAUGGACCAGGAGGUGCCGGCUAUGGUCCUGGUGGAGCAGGAGCUGGACCAGGAGGUGCAGGCUAUGGUCCUGGUGGUGCAGGAACUGGACCAGGUGCUGGCUAUGGUCCUGGUGGAGCAGGAGCUGGACCAGGAGGUGCAGGCUAUGGUCCUGGUGGAGCAGGAACUGGACCAGGAGGUGCUGGCUAUGGUCCUGGUGGUGCAGGAACUGGACCAGGAGGUGCUGGGCCAAGACCUGGAACUGGAGCUGGAGGAUAUGAUGCUGAUGCCAAAGCUCGUAAAUAUGGCAUGCUUAGUGGUGCCCUUGGAGUCCCAGGUGGUGGACAGGGUGCUGGACGUGGAGGACUCCCAGGAGGAGGUGUUGGGGCUGGACUAGGCCAAGGAGGAGUUCCUGGCAGAACCGGCUAUGGUCCUGGUAGUGUAGGAACUGGACCAGGAGGUGCCGGCUAUGGUACUGGUGGAGCAGGAGCUGGACCAGGAGGUGCCGGCUAUGGACCUGGUGGAGCAGGAACGGGACCAGGAGGUGCCGGCUACGGUCCUGGUGGAGCAGGAACUGGACCAGGAGGUGCCAGCUAUGGUCCUGGUGGAGCAGGAGCAGGACCAGGUGCUGGCUAUGGACCUGGUGGAGGAGGAACUGGGCUGGGAGGUGUCGGCUAUGGUCCUGGUGGAGCAGGAGCAGGACCAGGUGCUGGCUAUGGACCUGGUGGAGCAGGAACUGGACCAGGAGGUGCCGGCUAUGGCCCUGGUGGAGCAGGAACUGGACCAGGAAGUGGUGGGCCAAGACCUGGAACUGGAGCUGGAGGAUAUGAUGCUGAUGCCAAAGCUCGUAAAUAUGGCAUGCUUAGUGGUGCCCUUGGAGUCCCAGGUGGUGGACAGGGUGCUGGACAUGGAGGACUCCCAGGAGGAGGUGCUGGGGCUGGACUAGGCCAAGGAGGAGUUCCUGGCAGAACAGGCUAUGGUCCUGGUGGUGCAGGGAUUGGACCAGGAGGUGCCGGCUAUGGACCUGGUGGAGGAAGAACUGGACCGGGAGGUGCUGGCUAUGGUCCUGGUGGAGCAGGAACUGGACCAGGAGGUGCAGGCUAUGGUCCUGGUGGAGCAGGAACUGGACCAGGAGGUGCUGGCUAUGGUCCUGGUGGAGCAGGAACUGGACCUGGAGGUGCUGGCUAUGGUCCUGGUGGAGCAGGAACUGGACCUGGAGGUGCCGGCUAUGGUCCUGGUGGGGCAGGAACUGGACCAGGAAGUGGUGGGCCAAGACCAGGAACUGGAGCUGGAGGAUAUGAUGCUGAUGCCAAAGCUCGUAAAUAUGGCAUGCUUAGUGGUGCCCUUGGAGUCCCAGGUGGUGGACAGGGUGCUGGACGUGGAGGACUCCCAGGAGGAGGUGCUGGGGCCGGACUAGGCCAAGGAGGAGUGCCUGGCGGAACCGGCUAUGGUCCUGGUGGAGCAGGAACUGGACCAGGAGGUGCAGGCUAUGGACCUGGUGGAGCAGGAACUGGACCAGGAGGUGCCGGCUAUGGUCCUGGUGGAGCAGGAACUGGACCAGGAGGUGCAGGCUAUGGACCUGGUGGAGCAGGAACUGGACCAGGAGGUGCAGGCUAUGGUCCUGGUGGAGCAGGAACUGGACCAGGAGGUGCAGGCUAUGGACCUGGUGGAGCAGGAACUGGACCAGGAGGUGCUGGCUAUGGACCUGGUGGAGCAGGAGCUGGACCAGGUGCUGGCUAUGGUCCUGGUGGAGCAGGAACUGGACCAGGAGGUGCUGGCUAUGGACCCGGUGGAGCAGGAACUGGACCAGGAGGUGCUGGCUAUGGACCGGGUGGAGUAGGAACUGGACCAGGUGCUGGCUAUGGUCCUGGUGGGGCAGGAACUGGACCUGGAGAUGCCGGCUAUGGUCCUGGUGGGGUAGGAACUGGACCAGGAGGUGCUGGGCCAAGACCAGGUAUUGGAGCUGGAGGAUAUGAUGCAGAUGCAAAAGCUAGAAAAUACGGCAUGCUUAGUGGUGCCCUUGGAGUCCCAGGUGGCGGACAGGGUGCUGGACGUGGAGGACUUCCAGGAGGAGGUGCUGGACUAGGACAAGGAAGAGUGCCUGGAUAUCCUGGUGGGUCUAAGUCUCAGAAAUACGGUCCUGGUGGAGGUGGCGGAACCCCUGGUGGUGGUCUGGGUGGCAGGUUUGGUGUCCCUGGAGGAGGUGCUGCCCUGGGAGGAGGUGCUGCCUCACCCUUUGGUCCUGGGGCAGGAGGUGUAGGAGGAGGGGUGCCUGGGGCUGGGUAUGGAACUGGAGCAGGUCCAGGAGCAGGUUAUGGUCCAGGAGGUGGAUAUGGAGCUGGGGCCGGGGCAGGACCUGGGGCCGGAUAUGGACCUGGCUCAGGAGGAUACGGACCGAGAUCAAAAGCUGCUAAAUACGGGGGUGUGCCAGGUGGCGGUGGUGUCCUUGGCAUUGGGGGGGUGCCUGGUGGUGGUGCUGGGGCUGGACUAGGAGGAGGAUAUGGUGUCAGACCAGGGGGCUAUGGAACUGGACCUGGCGGUUAUGGAACUGGACCUGGGGGAUAUGGCCCUGGAGCUGGAUCUAAAGCAGCCAAAUAUGGUCAACCAGGUGGGACUGGAGGAACAGGAACAGGGACUGGACCUGGGACUGGAGCUGGGGCAGGAGCUGGUGCUGGGGCAGGGGCCGGGGCAGGAACAGGUGCUGGGGCAGGAACAGGUGCUGGGGCAGGAACAGGAGCUGGUGCUGGAGCUGGGGCAAGAACAGGGGGAGUGUCGGGUGGAACCGGAGGCACAGGAGGUUCAGGAGUCACACCUGCCCCAGGAGUAACAGGAGGUGAAGCAACAGCUGCAGGCACCGGGGCAGGAGCAGGUGUUCCCACUGGUGCUGGAACUGGAAAAGAGGGCAAGGAUGGUGAUGGAGCUGCAGGUACAGGUGAGCCUGGUGGUGCUGGGGGAGUUCUAGAAGGAUCUGGAAGUUCUGGAGGUGACGGUACUGGCAUCACAGGUGGACCAAUAGAUGGAGGGAUUGAAGGAGGACUGGACAUAAUCACUCCUGGUGGGACUGGAAUCCCCAUCAUUGGUGGGAAACCAGGUGGAACUGGAGUGCCAGUACCAGAAAUUGGUGCUGGAGUAGUCCAACCCAGUGCUGGGACUGGUGUUGCUGGAGCAGGAGUGCCCUCUGGAGGUUCUGCUGGUUCCUCUGGUAUUGGGAUUGGUGUGGGGUUUGGAUCUGGUACGGGUGUUGGUGAGGGUACUGGUAUUGGCAUUGGUAUUGGAUACGGCUCUGGUGGGAACUCCGGGGGUACCGGGGUCGGUCUCGGUAUCGGUAUCGGUUCCGGUGGUAAAGAUGGAGGAGGAGGCGCUUCACUUGGAGACAUUGCUGGUGGGCUUCCUGGAGCCAAACCUCUAAAGCCUCCAGGUGUCCCAAGAGGAGACACACCUGGUGAAGGAGAUGGUGAAGGUGCAGGAGUCAUCGAAGGAGGUCCAGGGGGUGUAGGAGGAGGACCAGGAGGAGUUGGAGGUGGACCAGGAGGAGUUGGAGGUGGACCAGGAGGAGUUGGAGGUGGACCAGGAGGAGUUGGAGGUGGACCAGGAAGUGUGGGAGGUGGUCCAAGUGGAGCUGGAGGAGUAGGAGGAGGACAAAAUGUCACCAUAAAACCACCCAAGGGAUAUGGCCCUGAUGGGGCUGGCAGCCUGGGUGCUGGAGGAGUGGGAGGAGGUCCAGGAGGAGUUGGGGGUGGUCCUGGAGGAGUUGGGGGAGGUCCUGGAGGAGUUGGGGGAGGUCCUGGAGGAGUUGGGGGUGGUCCAGGUACAGGAGUGACCGGAGGGACGGGUCUUGGCCCUGGGGGCGCUGGUGGUGUAGGAACUGGAACCCCCAAACCUGGCAAAAGCUAUGGAGGAGCUGGGGCCGUCCUACCCGGUGGUGGUUUACGUUAUCCGACGGGAGCUGGAGUGGGACAGGGAUCGGGAAAGCCAGGCAAAGGAUAUGGGGUUCCUGGCCAGUUUGGAGGGGGAAGGGGAGGGGUCGGGCCAGGGGGCUUUGGUGCUGGUCCUGGGGGCUAUGGACCAGGUGGGGCUGGAACUGGUCCUGGGGGCUAUGGACCAGGUGGGGCUGGUGCUGGUCCAGGGGGCUAUGGACCAGGUGGGGCUGGAACUGGUGCUGGGGGCUAUGGACCAGGUGGGGCUGGAACUGGUCCUGGGGGCUAUGGACCAGGUGGGGCUGGUGCUGGUCCAGGGGGCUAUGGACCAGGUGGGGCUGGAACUGGUGCUGGGGGCUAUGGACCAGGUGGGGCUGGAACUGGUCCAGGGGGCUAUGGAGCUGGGCCUGGGGGCUAUGGACCAGGUGGGGCUGGUGCUGGUCCAGGGGGCUACGGACCAGGUGGGGCUGGAACUGGUCCUGGGGGCUAUGGACCAGGUGGGGCUGGUGCUGGUCCAGGGGGCUAUGGACCAGGUGGGGCUGGAACUGGUGCUGGGGGCUAUGGACCAGGUGGGGCUGGAACUGGUCCAGGGGGCUAUGGAGCUGGGCCUGGGGGCUAUGGACCAGGUGGGGCUGGUGCUGGUCCAGGGGGCUACGGACCAGGUGGGGCUGGUGCUGGUCGAGGGGGCUACGGACCAGGUGGGGCUGGAGCUGUACCAGGGGCCUAUGGAGUUGGCCCAGGGGGCUAUGGAGCUGGUCCUGGAGGAUACGGAAGCAAACCAAGCAAGAGGGGUGGUGCUGGAGGUGCUCUAGGUGGAGCUGGCAGUCUCGGGGCUGGAGGACUAGGAACAGGACCAGGAGGACUUGGCAGAGGCCUCGGAGGAGGCCAAGGAGGGGGUCUAGGAGGUGGUCCAGGUAGCUAUGGACCUGGUGGAGCUGGUGCUGGAGGAGGUCCAGGGGGAGCAGGUCCUGGAGGCUUUGGUGGAGCUGGGGCUGGUGGUCCCAGAUAUCCAACUGGUGCAGGAACAGCGACAGGCACUGGAAAACCAUCCAAAGGCUAUGGGGGAGCUGGUGGCAGUGCUGGAGUUGGACCAGGUGGCUAUGGACCAGGUGGUUAUGGACCAGGUGGUGCUGGAGCAGGACCAGGUGGCUACGGACCAGGUGGUGCCGGAGCAGGACCAGGUGGUUAUGGACCAGGUGGAGCUGGAAUGGGAGCAAGAAAACCAGCUAAAUCAGGUUAUGGCUCCUUGGGCGGUGCGGGUUAUGGACCAGGUGGAGGAGCAGGGGCGGGACCAGGAGCAGGAACAGGGGGCCUAGGGUAUGGCUCCCUGGGUGGAGCUGGAUACAGACCAGGUGGAGGACCAGGAGGAGUGCCUGGUGCAGGAACUGCAGGGGGAGUAGGAGGUGACCCAGGCCGGUUACCAGGAGGGGGUACUGGCUAUGGUGGUGGCGGUCCUGGUGGUGCUGGUCCUGGAUAUCCAGGUUCUCUAGGAUACGGAGCAGGAGGACAGAAAUCCAAGGCAGCAAAAGCAGCCAAGUAUGCUGCCAUGCAGGGCUUCCUGGGAGCAGGGGGCUACAGAGGGGGUGCUGGAUGCCAGGGAAAAUACUGUGGCAGGAAGAGGAAGUGAGAGACCAACAGAAGGAAGUGAACUCAUUAAAAAGUGGUGCUACUGCCUGAUCCCGAAUGUACUUUUUUUUUAACUUGCCUUGGAAGCUACUGCUUCGUUUGUACACGAGAUAUGAACGCAAAUUUAUAGAGUUUGACCUACUGUACCAAAGUUUUUGUUAUUUCAAUGUGCAUUGUCACUCACUUUAACUUGUUCAGCUACUAGCCCACACCAUGAAUCCUGCUUGUGUAAAACACUGAUACAGAGGACCUCUACAAGGAACGUCCCUAAACCUGUCUGUAUAGUAUGCUGGCACUUACAACCUUUGCUGAGGCUUAGACACCUGGGCUAUAUUUACAGGAUGGCUUCAGGUGCACAAGCUGCAUUGGUUUUUCUUAAAACCUUUGAUUUUAAAUGAGUGUCACAUGUUUGUGUGUGCUUAAAUCUGUCCCAUGGUUUCCAGAGACAAAGGCUGCUGGUUUAGUAGAACUGUGAAAUAGAAAUCAGGAUAUAUCUGAAGAGUAGUGCUUCGGCUACUGUUUUAGAUGUAUUUGAAGAUCUCUCAACCUUCAAAAGCAGUGUUAGUCUGGAGCAACUCUUCUAUUUAAGAUAAUCAUCUUGCAUCAGCACCGUCUAAAAAUAUGGAAACUUAUCAUCCCUUAAGCUUUUGGCAAAGGUUAUAUUAGGAUCUUUUGAAGUCAUCUGUAGUGCCUUUACAGAAUAUAUUUCAAGCCAUUUGAUACUGGCAUCAUGUGAAUGGCUAUGUUAGACCAAGUGAAAUAGUAUCAGUGUCUAAAAACAUAUAUUGGUGUUUGGGCAACCAUAUGGGUUUAGUUUAUGUGUCUGAAAAUGUGCAUGUGUCAUGUCUCUUGUUUAUGCAACACUGAGGAUAUGAUUAUGAUGACGUUUGCCUUGUACAUUAGCAGUUCAUUAAAGAUAAAUGUUUGGUAACAUUAUGAUGACGCUCACCACAAGCUAGGUAUCAAAGCUCUACUGAGGUCAGCAUCGGAUUUCUGAUUGUUUUACCUCCACUGAUGCUUGUUUUAUUCACUCUGAACUUGACAGUUCAUGUUUACUUAGCUUUUUAAAUUAUGAAAUAAACCAAAGAAAUUACAAUUUGCCAUUUAAUCUCUGUGCAGGAUUGUAUGUGCGUUAAGAAUACGUAUUGUGUGUAUGUCUGAAUUGUAAAAUCUUUUCAGUCAAGUGCAUUAUUUUGUGCUUUGUUUUUUAAUUCUCUCUGACACCAAUAUUACCUGUGAUGUCAAUUUGAAUUAAGUGUCUGAGUUUGACACAGUUUUGGGCUUACCCUUGUGUUUAUAUCGUUAAGCCCUGUCAAGAAUAAUCAGUGUUUUUGACAUCUGUUGUUGUUUUAAUCUGAUUUUUUAAGAGAUAACAAUGCACCUUUUUAACAGAAGACGGUUUGUAAGACUUUCUUUCAUAAUUAAAGAAAUGACCAGA